UGUUCAUUUUAAUACUGGCAGUAUCUUUGCAUUGUCAAAGUAAAGAAUAACAAAGUAAAUCAUACUCGACAUGAAAAUAGUAUUGAAGUAAACAGAAAUUUCUUUAAAACACGUGUUUAAACACUGUGAUUCAUGAGAAUUUACUCUGAAAGCAAUUGCACAAUAAAUUGAGGACAUAACCACAAACAGAUCUGAUACAUAAAACCCUUGGGUUUAAGCUUCCCAGCAGUGACAAAGCUGCAGCCUCACUAAAUACGUUCACAUAACUCUUUAGUAUUAUUAUUAGGAAAUAGAAGGGAGCACCUCCAGUCCCCUACAUUAUCCUCCUGUGUAAGAAAUGACCCUGCUUGCUUAUUUUAAAUAACAUGUCAUUACUUUGUGGUUAAAACUACAGGGACUGGUCGGCAUUUAGCCUUCCAAGUCAAAUUUAGCUAAAAAUGUCAUAGUCACAGAUACCCAUAUGUGUGUGUGAGAGAGACACGGAAAGAAAACUAUGAUUUUUUUAUUCUGAAAUGUAAUAAUCAUUUAUAGCAAACCUUUGUCUCUGUCUUGAGCAUUUCAGCUGCCAGUUUCAGGUAAUUUCCACACUCAGAAGACCUGUUGUCUCUGGGCUAACAGGCCAAGCCCUCCUGAGCGAUCCUUCUUUCCUCAAAGAAGAGGGUAUAGAGAGAACCCCCAAACUGGCUAAUGCCUUAUAAUACUGUCAGGCAGACAUUGGUAACUGAGCUUUUUAAAUAUUUUUGGAAUUGUCUGUGUAAGAAGCAGAUCAUCAUGGAGGGAACAUUUGCUUCACCCUGCCGUUCUGUCCUUUGGAUAAACUCCUGGCUUAUAACCUUUUCAGUCCUGUAUGCUGCUCUUGAGUGGCGGAGACAGUGGCACAAUCCCCACAACACAGCAUCUCGGUGUCUCAGAGCAGCACUGCAGUGCCUCUUACAGAGUGAGUGCUUCACAAAUGUGCACCGAGCUACUGACAGUGCGGAAUGCGUUCUGCCGUCCAGGUCUGGGAUCUUUUCCUCCCUGAGCACAAGUGUGAGGUACGUUAUUCAAUGAAUAUGAAUAUGCUCUUUGUUUAACAGGUAAAGUUAUUAUCAAACCAUUUCCUCUGGUGAAAAUUUGUCUUUGAUUUAUAGAGCAGUAAUUUCCUUUUGUUCACCUAAGGAAUUCGGGAGCCAUGCACACCACUUAGAUUCCUAGCUGUCUGUAGAGAAAGUGUAAUUGUGUGAGCUCUACAUAAGACAUACAAAUGGAAUUCCCACUUCCCUCCGCCCUGGGUCAGCUGGAGGCCACCUGGCUGCCUUUCCAGGAAGAGGCAGUGGCCCGUCUGUCCUCAGGACUCCCUCCUGCACCAGCCAACCAUGGAGCCUUUACAAUGGCCUGUGAAGAUCCAGGUCAGGAACUCUGGAGGUGCUCAGGCAUGAAGGUCUCUGUUCAGUAGAGCAAGGAAGGCAGAGUUCACUCUCCAAAGCAGCUCCACCAAUGCGUCUGCAUAAAUGUCAGUGAAGGAUAUGGACAGAGGUGGCAGCCUGCCUUGAUCACUUGAUUCCUGUAUGUAUUCGGGUAAUAUUAGCACAUGCAAGCACACACAGUGUGUGUGUGUCAGUGACCUCCAGUGUAAGGGUGUAUUGCAUUUGCCACGGCAAGGUCUUCCUGGGUGCUUCACCUGAUUUAGCUCCAGUGGGACAGUGACAAUUGUGUUGGUGAUGUCUGACUCAAAAGAGCAUACAUACAUGUUCAUGGAAGAAGAUUCCCCGUGAGAAAUUAGCAAAUUUCUGGGUGUCAGUGAGGAUACUAUCAAGAUGUUUAAAAAGGCCUUUGGAGAAGUGAAGAGAAAUUUGCAGAAGUGAAGAGAAAAUAGCACAAUCCCAGUGGACAAAAGUGACAGAGUCUGAUGACAUCCCUGGUGGAAGAGAUGAGAUGUAGGUGACGGUGACAUUGGAGGGUUGGCUGGAAAACACUGGCGGUUACAAGGGCACUUGUUCCAAGAUGCCUGUGGCAGUCUAAUCCUGACAGCAGUUCAUUGGUCCUGUAACUGUAGUGAGUUACAGCGAAUGAAAAGCACAAACAUCACAAGCGUCAUUCACUGCCGCCUCCCCGUUAGCCUUCCUCAGGGAGCGUGACCCUCACCAUCCUAUUUUACACAAGAGGAAACUGAGUCACACAGGGUCUCUAACUCGCUAAGGAGGGCAAGAGGCGGAAGCAGCAUUUGCACCUGGAAUCCCGGCUCUAGAGUUCUUGCCGUCCCAUUGCUUUAUUUCUGCAGCUUUCUUCCUAAAGUUGCGUGGAGGUGCGGCGUGAGACCGAGCUGCCGCCCAGCAGUCUGAGCACAGACGGGGGAGCACCCGCUCAGGCGGGGAAAGGGCCUCGGGAAUGCCGAAAGGCCGCCCAGUAUUUAGCUGCUCAGGCAAAGCUGCUGGAAAACGGUGCCGGUCCUGGAACCAGCCAGGAAGAACGGGCAGGAGCGGAGUGAGAAGCUCCGUACCGCAAGCCCGGUCACUGACUAGAGGCAGAGUGACUCCGUUAGCUCAGGACUGUUGGUCCCCCUGCGUGUCAGCAGGGGGACAGUGCGCGCGGGAUGGUAGAUGCGCCCAGCUCUGGGGCACAGUUCUGGUGGAGUGAGGCCUUCAGGGCAGGAGGUAGGGCCGAGUCCCUUCCAGAGGGCAGGGACUGGGAGCUUCUACGGGGAGAGUGAGGGGAGGUGGGCCCCUCCGGACCGGCUCCUCCUCGGGUUUGCAUCUCAGAAGCUCACCGGUGACGCGCGCUUCCCUGAACGUGCCUACCACGUUUAAAGCGCUCUCCGUAUCUGCUCUGUCUGUACACUUUUCACCGUGUUGUGAAGAUAAGAAGAAUAAUUCAUCCCAAGUGGACUCCCAUGCCUCCUUUAAGGGUACUUCAUUUUUUCUUACUUAAGGGCUGUUAAUAAAUCACCCUGCGGCUAAACCCACUCCAGAGCUGCAGCCCUUGGCUCAUCUGACCUCCCAUAAAUUAUCUUCCUUACGCCCCUGGCAGCUUUCUAUGAUCCCUCUCCCCUUCCUUAGAAGGGGAGCCCCCCCGGGGCCCCCUAGCACGCAGCUCUGCCUGAUGCUGGAGGGUGAGCCCCUCGACAGGUGCCUGUCUUAAAAGUGCCCUCCGGAGGGACUCGCUGGACGCUCCAAGUCUGCCCCCUAGACUCCAGGGCCUCCAGUCUGCCCUAGCAGCGAUGUUUCCGAGCUGGCAUUAAAAUUCUUGCAAAAACUGAAAGUGAAAUGAGGCAGGCGGAUUGAGCAAUCCGCAGACGGGUAACCGCCAGCCAGUGACCCGGGUGCAGAGCAGGGCAGAGAUGCCCGGCGCUAGAAAGAGGAAAAUCGGGAGCGCGCUCCUGCCCCUGGGGGGCCGAGCCGGGCGCUGCCCGGGAGUCAGUCCGGGCCGGGCCGCCAGGGCCACCGAUACAGGAAAUGGUCCGGGCCCUGCGGUCGCUUACUCCAGGGCCCCGACCUUCCAAGUGCGAGUCGUGGAGUGGAUGAGUCCGCAGCGCAGUCCCGCCUUUCCUCCCGUCCCGAGCCAGCCGGAGAAAUGAAAGCGGCGCCGGACGGACGCCCCUGGGCGCGGCGCUCCAGAGACGCGGCGCUGCUGGCGGCGACCCUGCUGCUGGCGCUGCUGUCGGGCGGCCUCACGCUGCUGUCCCUCCGCCGUAACCCAAGACUGCUUGCAGCUGAUUGCAGACAGUGACACGCCGACUAUAAGAAAAGGAUCAUACACCUUUGUACCGUGGCUUCUCAGCUUUAAAAGAGGAAGAGCCUUGGAGGAGAAAGAGAAUAAAAUAGUGGUGAAGGAACCCGGUUACUUCUUUAUCUAUGGUCAGGUUCUGUACACGGAUAACACUUUCGCCAUGGGACACCUAAUACAGAGGAAAAAAGUCCACGUCUUUGGGGACGAGCUGAGUCUGGUGACUCUGUUCCGCUGCAUUCAGAACAUGCCUGAAACACUGCCCAACAAUUCCUGCUACUCAGCUGGCAUUGCGAAGCUAGAAGAGGGAGAUGAGCUCCAACUUGCGAUACCAAGAGAAAACGCACAGAUCUCUCGCGACGGAGACGGCACCUUUUUUGGUGCCCUGAAACUGCUGUGACCCAAGUGCUCCACGCUUGUGACUCUUUCCCUGCCUUUCUCUGCACCUCUAAAAGGAAAACCCUUAAGUGGAAAUGCCAAGAGGGGAAAAAAGUAGUCACCAUAGACUUCUCUUGAGCUAUUUGUUUUGGUUUGCAGAAUCUGGUCCCAAACAGGAAAUUUAACAGACAACCACAGCCAAAGCAUGUCACGUGAGUUACGAGAAUCAGAGCCUGCAGUCAGAAAGUUAGAAGUAGGAAGACUUCACGAGGACUCUGUGUCAAGUGAUGCGAUUGUAUUUCUUGUCUUGGGGAAAGUGCAGAGUUCAGAGGGCAGUAAGUGGUAUUCCUCGAUUUACUAUGAAAAGUGUACCCACAUCUGUAGGACAUUAAGACAUUUGUGAGAAAUCUCAGGAUUCAUCUUCCCUUUUCAUAUAAAUGUGCUCCUCUCCUUUUUAGCUAAUCUUACGGAAAAUUAAAAAAAAAUCUUGCAUUAGAUACAUGAAAAUAAUAAUUACAAAUUUAUGUAUUGGCUAGAAAUUAAUUUUAAAAGUCUAAAUUUAAAUAUUAUACAAGUGGACUGAAAAUAAGGUACAUGUACUAUUUAAGUCUUUGGUUUAUUUCAAGUUGGAACAUUUUAACUCUAAUAUCUGUUAUGAGACAUUUUUCACAAUAAGGAAAGAAUUUUCUCAUUUGUAUAUGCAUAUAUAUAUAUUUUUUUCCUAUGGUUUCAGUUGCUUCAGGAAUUUUCAGUGUAGGGCAAUUCCAAUUAAUACAUACGAAUCAAUAAUUAAAAGAUAACUAAAAUUGCACUUACGUGAAAUAAAAUCUCCACUGAAGUUAAUGUGUA